UUGCUAAAGUGAGAAGUCACGCCUCCCCAAAAGUCAGCAACGAGACGAAUUGGAGACUGUUUUGUGUACAUAUACAUAAUGCAAUUUGAACGGGAAGGUUAGGUUGGCGCCAAGAGACUUUCGUUGGUCGGAGAAGCUUCUUCGUCUUGCUUUGCUCCAUUCGAUCCGGUGGCCCCUUUUAUCCUGGAGCUGUGAUCCCAGAUUGUUCCCGUCGUUCGGAUCAUCCGAAACGUCCGGCGAAGGGAAGGGACUCCGACCUCGGAGUCGCCCAAAUCCAUCACUUUCAUUCAUUCACGCUUGCUCUUUCAAGAAGAAGACGACGACGAAGAAGAAGCAGAAGCAGCAGCAGCAGCUCAACGGCGCUGCCGGUCUUCACAUCCCUCCUACUCAUGAGAUCCCUGUUCCGUCUCCCCGCACCUUCCGUUUGUGAUUUCCCCAGAAUCUUCUCCCUCGCCGCCUCUCUCACGUUCUCUCUCCUCCCCGCGCCCGCCACCUGCUCGACCCUUUGUCCGAACGAAGACCCACCUCAAGGCUCUGCCGAAUUGCUCCGCCGGUGGGGCUGCAGCGACGAUGACAUCUCCAGGCUGUUCUCUCGCCGCCCUUCUCUCCGCAGGGCCAACCUCGCCCGGCUUCGCUCCAAGCUCCAGAUACUGACCGACGUGGGCAUCACCGGUCCCGACCUCGUCAAGGUCAUCCACUGCCGCCCUCGCUUCCUCAGCUGCCGCAUCAACCACCACCUCGAUGACCGCCUCCAGUACUUCAUCUCCCUCUUCGGCUCCAAGGAAGUCCUCCGCCGGGCCAUCAUUCGCAACCCUUCCAUCCUCACCUACGAUUUCCCCGGCAGGAUUAAGGCCAUUGUUGAGCUGUAUGAGAAGACGGGCGUUAGCAAGGACGACUUGGUUCCCAUGCUCAUGUCUCGCCCGACUUUGAUCCCCCGCACUUCUUUGGAGGAUGAAAAGCUGGAUUACAUUCGCAGGACCGGGGUUCCCCAGAACUCCAAGUCUUAUAAAUAUGUGGUGACCAUCAUGGCCAUCUCCAGGCUGACCACAAUCCGUGAAAAGGUGGCUAAUUUGGAGAAGUUUGGGUUCUCAGAGGAGGAGGUGUUGGGUCUAUUCGGUCGUUCCCCCUUUAUGCUCACCUUCUCCAUUGAUAAGAUCCAAAGGAACAUGACUUUCAUUCUUGGAAUCAUGAAGCUCCCCGCAAAGGUUAUUUUCGAACACCCAUUUCUCUUGCACUGUAAUUUGGAGAACGUGCUGAGGCCGCGUGUUCUUCUUGCUGCCAAGAUUCAGGACAUGGGUCUCUCUCCUCAAAUCCAAGGCCCGACCGUCUUCAGGGCUCUCAGGAUGACGGAGAGGAGAUUCUUAAAAGUAUUUGUUGGGUGUCAUACGGAUGAUGUUGCCAAUGAGUUGAUGGAGUUCUACAGCACUGUCAAAGGUGUCAAGCGAUUGGCCGAAGCUUCGAAGAAGAACUAUACCAGAGGAUUCCCUUUCUGAAGGAUUUCGAUUUUGAUGCCAGCGAACUCGAGACUUGAGAGAGUGUCACUUGCACAGAAAUACCAAAUUCUCGCUGUUUGAUUAUUUCAAAACAGAGCUCUAAAAAUGAAUUGUGGAAAGCUCACUGUACACUGCAUCUCUUGCUCGCCCUUCCCCAGGAUCUGUUUAUCAUGGGAAAUGGAGAGGGACGGAUGUUUCUAUCGAGUGAUAAAGAAAAGUUGCUUCACAGGUUGAUCUUAGAAGCAGGAAAAAUUAACGACUGAGUUUCAGUGGGAAGCUGACAUUCUAUCAAAGCUUCAGCAUUCGAAUGUUGUGGCAUUUUAUGUGUUGCGCAAAAUGGGCCUCGAGGAACCUUAGCCACUAUUGCAGAAUUUAUGGCCGAUGGUUCUGUGAGGCACGUUUUACUCCACAAAGAUAAGUAUUUUUUCCAGCGUAUGCUUUCAAAUUUGAUAUUUGCAUUGAUUCAAUAAUUUUGUUUUAUAGUUGUUACAAUCAGCAUGAUUGGGUACUAGAUAGAAGGAUAGAAACAUCUCGUUAGCCACAACAACAAAGAAUUUAAAUGUCUUGGAACAAUAAGCAUGCCAUCUUGCCAGUCACUUCAUUCAGUGGUCGUUCCUUCUUUUCUGUGCUGCUUAUCUCCAGCCUCUAACCUGCAUAGUCUGCAGGCAUCUAGAAUGCCGAAAGCGGUUCAUAAUUGGAAUGGAUGCUGCCAAUAUUCUGCAUUUUGAUGUGGAAUGUGACAAUGUGCUGGUGAAUUUGAAAGAUCUUCCAGACAAAAAGAAAUAUUGAUGACCUUCCUCCAAUGUCCAUCAGGUUCUCAUGCAUAACUUGAGGAAUUGAAAAUAAAACCCCACCAAGCGAGAAUGGAUGAGACCAGCAGUACCAGUCCUUGAAUGUCCAUUUGCGUUGCAAUGAUCGGAUCUUAAAUUAUGCCCAGUGGCCAUCAGCACUUCUUUCGGAGUCACUGGAGAUCCAAUGUCUUGAGGAAUCUCAUGAAGUCUCUUGAUAUUCCUAUUGCUCAUUGCUCACUGCUCAUGGAUGCAGCAAGCGAAAGGAUGAAUGACCUCACGUGUCCUCUCCCCAAAAUCCAGGGAUAGACAAGAGCAAGGGGCACAUGAAGAGGAAAAGAUAAUGUUAAAGCAGAACCAGUCUCCAUCUUCGGUACAUAGCUCCACUUGGUUAUCCAUCGGAGAUGUGGGCGGGGCGCAUAAUUCAAUGGAAGAGAGCUCACAAGUCUCCGAGUGUGGUCAUUUCGCUGAUCGACCCCACUGUGUUGAUAUCAUCCCUUGUAUGUGAAGUCGAGCUUUCGCGACUUGGCUCGGUGUUUGGAUUGGCUAGCAUUAUUGAUCUAUGAUGUAGAAGUGUGCCAUAUCUUCUCACUUGGCGAUACACUUUACAUGAAUCGGUUUGUGUAAUGUACCGCAAUUGUCCGAAACACCUGCGAAGUGUUCGUGGUUGAAGCAUGAUGUGUAUCGAUUGUGUA